AGCCCUGCUGCGGUGGACUCGGGAGGUGCCCCUCCGGGCCCAGGCAAAAUACCAGGAAUGGCUCCAAGGAGUGGCGGCUUUGGUGAGCAAGCAGAAGGCCCCGGAGGAGAAGCCACCUGCGCCUGCCCACCAACGCCACCUCCUGCCGCCGCCGCCGCCGCCGCCUGUGUCUUGUGUGUCUGCGGCAGGGAGCCUGAGUCGUCGGGCGGAGGCGUCGGGAGGGCUGACUCUAAUCGCCCUGCAAACGCCAUCAGGGAUUUAAAGCCGCUCCCCGCGGCUGGCCAGCCUCUCUUCCUCCCCAGUGACCGGCUGGAGGCACCUGAUGACUAGGUCCCAGCAAAGCUCUCCUCCUCCUCCUGGGAAGCCCUUUCCUACGCGGCGGCGGCGGAGGGGGAGGCGGCCUUCCUUGCACGGGAGUCCUGCUGGAGAUGGCUCACCGGGGCCAGGAGGCGCGCGAAGGGGCAGCCGGGGGCGGCACAUUGCCUGGGCCGCCGCCGCCGCCCGGGGCAGGCACAGAGCAGGAGGCCGGGGGCCGUCCUGGCCUGGGGCGCAGCGGCAGAGUCCAGUUCCAGCUGCCACACACGACCAUCCAGCUGCCGCCCCCCCAGCAGGAGGAGCAGCCCUUCUACUUGCGCCUGGAGGGCUUGCUGGCGUCCGCCCAGGGCGGCUUCGAGGAGCUCUUUGCUGCGGAUGGCUGGGAGGACCUCCUCGAGGACAAGCAGCUGCGGAAACGACGGGUGAGAGGCGGGCAAGGUGAGGGCAGCCGGCCCCAGCGAGGCCAGGAGGUGACGGUGAAGCUCCUGGGAGUUCUGGAGGACCAGAGCCUGGUGGAGAAGGACCCCAAGCUCACCUUCGUCCUGGGCCAGGAAGAGGCCAUCCAGGCCUUGGAACUCGGCGUCCUGUCCAUGCAGCUGGGAGAAGUGGCCCUUUUCCUUGCUCGCCCUGCAUGUGCCUACGGCUCCCUGGGCAGGGAGCCCGACAUCCCCAAGGAAGCCGCCUUGCUGUACGAGGUGACCUUGCUGCAGGUGCAGGCUGGCCCCGAUCUGGCGCUCUUGCCAGCCACCGAGCGCCUCAGCCUUGGCACCCAGAAGCGGGAAUGGGGCAACUUCCACUUUGAGCGGGGAGAGCACCAGCGGGCCCUGCACAGCUACCAGCUGGCCCUCGAGGUCUUGUCCUUGCCAGAGGCAGCAGGAGGCCUGAGCAGGGAAGAGGAGCAGCAGCUGCGGGAGCAACAGGCCAAGUGUCUCAACAACUGCGCAGCUGCCCAGCUGAAGCUGCAGCGGCCCGAGGAGGCGCUGGCCUCCUGCAACGAGGUGCUGGGCCUGGACCCAGACAACGUCAAGGCUCUUUCGCGGAAGGGCAAGCUGCUGUCCGAGCGGGGAGAGGACCAGGCAGCCAUGGCGGUGCUGAAGAGAGCUUUGCAGCUGGAGCCCAGCACCAAGGCCAUCCACGCUGAGCUCUCCAAGCUGGCCAGACGGCAGAGGGGGCAGCUGGAAUCUCCCAGCCCAGCAGGGCUGCUCCAGGAGGACUCCAGCACAGACGCAGCAGCUCCCAACUCUCAGGUGGUAGGCACUCCUGCCCCACAGGCAAGCUGAGCUGCUCUCUCCCUUCUGGGAGCGUUGAUGGGAGCCAGCAGGUGGCCCAGGACCUCCUCUGUGGCCCAGCCGAAGACUGCGAGGCCCUUGUGGGGAGAGGCCUAGUCUCCCCCCCCCACUUCUGCUCCUCACAAGGUCAGCGGGGAGGGGGCAGCUCCAGCACACUCUGCAGCGGCCCCUCCUUGGCUCACGAGGAGGCGCGUCCAGAAAGAAAGGCAGCCGCUGCAGGAGAAUGGCCGCUCCCAUGGAGGCUUCCAGGCACCCGGACGAUGAUGCUCAGCGGCACAAGGACAGGCGCAUGGGCUGUCUUCACGGCUCCCUGCCCCAGAACCCUCUCGAAGGAGGCCAGCUCAUCCUGGCAAAUGGAAGCCGCUUGCUGUGGUGUGAGAUGUCGCCCGACCUCCAGAGCAGCCCUGCUGCGUCAUGGGUGGGCCUGACGGACUCUCUGAGCUGGAGCCUGUGGCUUGGUUCCCGCCCCGGCAACCCACACCGAGAACCUCCUCCGAGAGGAGCAGGCCGGGGUCUCCAUCAGCCCAGAUGUCGAGGACAGACGCUUUGGAGGAGGGGAGUGCCGAUGCAAUUCUAAGGGUGUGUAGUCCAGGCGUGGGUUAGGGGAUGGUGCAGGGUUUUGUGCUACUGCUGGGUGUGGGGGGGUGAGCUUUCUGACCUUUGCUCCUCCAACAACACAGAUCUGAGCCAGGCAGACUUUUGGGUGAGCUUAAAAACAUGUUUCUGAUUAAAUGUUCACUUCAGCACCA